AUGGAUGUUUACAAACUACCAUCACCUACUGCAAGCGAUUGGUACCAUCAGGCUGAGAACGGGCCUUCGCACUCUCAGGAUGAUGUCCUCAUGUACAUUGACUCUGGCAUCUCUGAAGAUGUCUUCAGAGCUACAGAUGCGCAUCCCGCAACUCCAUCCACUGAACCUCUGGACUCCGCCAUCGACCGGCAACACCCUCUGGACGAUGUUGUUCCAAGUUCAUACCAACUGCAGACACCGCUUCCAUUAUCUGUACGUCUGAGGAGACCAGCUCUACCGCCAACCGUGUGGGAGCACUUCAAAACAAUCAUCCAAGACUUGUAUCUGCAUCGGCAGCUCAGCCUCGAAGAAGUUAGAAAGAAUAUGAAGCAGCAGCAUGGUUUUGAUGCCACCUAA